GUGUUUGUAGGGUGCACGCGCAUACACAGGAUUAGCUAAUGCUAAAAGGAAAGGGCUAAACCCUUGAGAAAACCCAAAGAAGGAGAUUUCCGACUUCCUUUGCCAAAUACUUGAAACCAUGUCCUCCGCCGCUGCCAUGGCUGCUAGGUCAGCCUUCAGAUCAACCAUAGCCCGAGCACCUAUCUCCGCCAGGCUUUCCAACGGUGCUAAAAUGAAACCGGCUCCAUCUCCGUUUGCCAUCCCUAAGCAGAACCCACUCUCCCAAUCCCUUCGCAUUUUGAGGUCACCUGUUGAAUUGAGUUGCUGUGUGGAAUCUUUGCUUCCUUACCACUCUGCUACUGCCUCUGCAUUGCUUACUUCUAUGCUUUCCGUCUCUCGUCGAAGCUACGGUUGGACUCCUGAAGGAUCGUGAGAGAUUGCGUAUUGCUGAACUUGGCUAAGCGACUUGCUGUGUGAUUCUUUACCGCUUACAUGCCUUUAGAAGCCCUAGGGGUGGACACCUUUACAAUUUUCAUGUUGGAGGAUAACAAUUUACAUGAUUGUUAAUCACGAUGUUUUAGGCAUAAAAAUUGAACUUUAGAUGAGUUGGUUAUGCAGUUUUUAGACAAUGUUUAUAAUCUAUCUACAUUUUCUCCUUUUUGUUGUAUUGUAGAUGGAUGAUUACUGUCUGUUGAGAUGCGGUCCAUUGAUCAUAGUUUCGAGAAUUUGAUUGGAGAGACUGUAAGAAUUUUUUUUUUUUUUUUUUUAAAUAAUUAAAGAUCAUAGAAGUCUUGGUUGAUUAUUUUAGAUUUCCAAUUGUAGAAUAAUGUUUUAUGAUUCCAUGCAACGGGUAAGUACUUCAUGUUGCCCUUUUUCUUCCUACAAGAGUUAGAACUCUUCUUCUGCAACCUCUCUCCAAGUUCAUAGGAAAUGCUGUCUACUAAAAUUUUGUUGCAGAUCUUCAUAUUUAUUUCUUUUUUGAGUAUUUAAGACCUAAAAGUAGAAAGUUGUAUAACUUGUUAA